AUGUCUUCCAUCAGCUCAUCAAACCGCUACUCGAUUGUCGAGCCACACCCAUCGGUGCCCGCCUCACACUACUUCACAACCGGUCGUGGCGGUGCCGGCAACCGAGUAAAGGCACCCAACACAGUAACCCGGGGCAGUGAUGCCUCUGGGCCAGCCGCACGCAUCAACCUCGCCGCCGCACACCACAACACCGCACAGCCCAAGACCUUUACCACCGGCCGAGGCGGCGCGGGCAACGUGCACCCGUCGUCGGAGCGCGCCAUCUUCUCCUUCGACGAGGAGCUUGAGCGCCAGCUCUCACAGGAUCGCCACGCCGCGCCGGUCUACCACGUCGGCCGCGGCGGUGCGGGAAACAUCUCGUCCUCCUCAUCAGCAGGCAGCUCAUCGUCGCAGAAGUACGCGACCGGCAGCGUCUCCAGCUGGACCAGCCAACGGCGGCGCAGCACCGAUCGUGCAUCUUUCGCUUCCUCAGCUUCCACCUCCAGUGAGUCUGGCGCCGACUACGUCAACCGGAACCUGAAGAAAGGUUUCAAGAAGAUGUUGGGCUCGGGCUAUUGA